GCCUCACGUGCCACUCUCUUCAAAAGAUAAAAGAACGGUACGAUAUGAUGUUAGACAGGUAGUAGAUCAGUAAAGCUACCUGGCUGCAAUUUUUUGUAAUUUUUUCUCAAAUUUAUCUUAGUCAUCUGUGUUCAAAGGAAGUUUACGUUACGCAAUAACAAAUUUUGUGGAAAAGGUAUUCCAUUUGAAAAGUUUAUCUUGGGACGUUGGUCAUUUACUCUGUAAUGAGUGCAAACCACUCGUAAUUCAUUACGUAAAUAAACUGGGAACAUUCCUCAGUUUAGAAUUUUGAAAUGAGUGGAUUUUCAAGUGCAUUGCUAGUCAGUCCGUGGUUUUGAUAAGGUGCUACGAAGGUGAGCAGUCUCGUGUAAACAGUUAUUUAUAUCAUUUGAAAUUAAAUUACAUGGCACGCUUUGUUUUGUGAACUACAUGAAUGUGUUAGAGUGUUGAAAGGGCUGAAAAAAUUGAUUGCCACCAGAAAUUUAAGAACAGCGCUUCCUGCCUUCAGUGUACAGAGUCUUUUGAGAUUCGAAAAACUCACGAUAAGAUUACAGGCAAAGCUCAGCGACAAAACUUGUCUUCAGUCUCAUGAAAACGGAUUCCCAGAUAUCUAUCUAAAACCAGUUUUUUCGGGUGGCCAAAAUCCAAGUUAAUUUAUGCAAUUGGAGUUGGCCGCGUUUUACGACUUGUGCAGAGUCAGUAACAAUGGGUGCCUCCAUGAAUGCGUGUACCCGGACUCCGACAGAGGAUGCCUCAAAGACAACAGCGAAGAGACAUCCAUGCAGAUCAACAUGCGCACAGGUAGCUUACAGAGCUUCUGUUUCCCUAUCGCUAGCCUCUCCUCGGCGUUUCUGCAAGAGCUCAUCGGUCGAAGGGGGUGUAUGAUGGCGGUGAACGUGCCCAGCUUCGCAGCUUGGAUGACGCUAUACUUUGCGGAAUCAGUACCGGCUCUCUACGUCGCUUCUGCCAUCAUGGGCUUGAGUAGUGGAAUAUCCGAAGCCUCUCUCCACUCGUACAUCGGCGAGAUCGGAGAACCGCGCUUAAGGGGCACCCUCUCAUCUUUAUCGUCUAGCGGAUUUUGUGCAGGUAGUCUCGGUGGGUUCAUCCUUGGUUACUAUUUUGAUUGGAGGACGGUUGUUUUGAUAAGUAGUGCGUGUCCCGUGAUAGCUUUCAUCUGCAUGACUCAAAUUCCAGAGUCACCCACAUGGCUCAUAGUGAGGAAUCGGAUGGACGAAGCCAAGAAAUCCCUGUGCUGGUUAAGAGGAUGGGUCAGUCCAAACGAGAUCGAGGAAGAGUUUCAAACUUUAGUGCAAUACGUCAAAAAUUCAUCUGCCGAAACUCGCAGAGGUUUACGUCAGGAAACAUCAAUAGCUUCGACUGAAGAGAACUCAUCUAUACUAAAAGAAUUUAUCCUAAUCAUCAAAGUGUUGGCGAGUAAAAAGGUUUUCCGUCCCCUUCGCAUGGUGUUCAUUACUUUCGUAAUCAGCUCAGUAGCAUGUGUAGGCGGAAUUAGGCCGUUCUUAAUCGGCGAACUCAAGGAUUUAGGGACCACCAUUGACCCAAAAUUAGUAUUGAUUAUGUUCGAAGUAAUUUUCUUCGUGGGUUCGAUGUUCAACGUCACUUUUGUGCAUCGUUUUGGGAAAAGAAGACUUGCCAUAUAUUCUCACAGUUUUGCAGCCAUCAUGAUCACAGGGAUGGGCGUUUACUGUUCUUAUUCAUCCUUUUAUGAAGAUAAUAGCAAUUCUCAGCUACCCUGGAUUCCGGUCGCUCUCUUCGCUAUCCUCAAUCUCGUUGAGGGGGUGGGCAUCUCGCUAUUGCCAUGGCAGCUCACCUGUGAAGUCUUCCCGCCAGUGGGACGGGGUCUCGCCGCCGGAAUGUCAGCCGCCUGGUCGAAACUUGUCUUCUCGGCACUGAUUAAAUCAUUCCUAUACUUAGAAGUUUGGCUGAAUUUGAGUGGUGUGAUGUACCUUUACGCAGGACUCACAGUUUUUGGCAUCUUGUAUCAUUACUUUUAUCUACCAGAAACGGAGGGGAAAAGUCUGGAGCAGAUCGAAUCAUAUUACACGAAUCAUCACACCCGGAAGGAGAAAAUUAAGAUGGGAGAAAGGUGUCAACAGCGGUGAUCGUGAUUUUAACUUAAAUUCAAACCGCACGGUAAACAAUGACAAAUAUUUUGACGUCUCAUGAUGUUUGUGUUUUUGGCGACUGUGAUCAGGGAUGACGGAGUACAGAGGUCAUUCCUCGAAGUCGACUUUCAUUCGGCAGGUUCCCUGUAGAAUUUACUUAACUGCACUAAAUUACUCUGAAGAGAGACACUUUUUUAGUGGGCUCUGAGUACAAUAAGAAUAUUAUUUCAUCAGCUUUUGUCUGUCCACUUACUUAAGCUGAAUCUGCUCGAAAUCGAUCCAAUUGACGUUUCUUAACAUCGGGUGAAUUCAUGAAAUGUUUUUGCUUUUUUCACUUUUACACUAUAACGUUUCUAAUCAGUCUAUAAUGUGUGUUUGAAGCCAGGAAGAUGAGUGUUUUUUUCACAGCUCCAAUGACUCCGCAAAAUCCAUCGUUUCCCGUACGUCGAGUUGCUAAUGCGCAAGUACAAUAAGUCUUUAGAAAUUGACGUUGGAUAGUUUUCCAUGUAAAAGAGAAAGUAUGAAAGGAAGUCCACAACGUCGCAAACCAAGAUACGUGGUCUGGUAGUUUCACUGUCGAUAUGUAUGAUGUAAAAUAUCUUACACAUUUCAAACCAUAAUUACGUUUGUGUUUCAAGUUUUGUAAAUUUUCUGAUGAUGGCGUAAGCCGAAAGGUACUUUCGUAAUUAUAGAAUUACCAGGGGGCAACGCCCCCUGGCCGCUACGCGGCCCAACCCCCUGAAGGCGCUCCGCGCCAAGUCCACUAUUUUUCGAUUCAGGUCGCUCAUAGGUAUGCUUAUAAAACAGUAUGAACAAAAUACUCAAUCGGCUGGCUAAAGUACAGUGCUUUUCUUGAGAAUAGUCUCCUGUAUAAACGAGGAUAAUAGGAAAAAAUGUCCAAAAAUAAAAGCCCGAAGUAUAAAAAUGCCCAAAGUUAAAAAAGUCCACAUCUAAAACAUGUCCUAAUAUUUGGAAUGUCCAGUAGCAGGAUUAUAGCCAAAAACAAAAAUGCCCAAACGUGACGUAUGAUUUGAUCGUAUGAUCGCCAAUUUUUUUAUGAACUAAUGAAAUCAACCAAAAAGAGAUCACCAAAAUAGUUCCGCUUUUAAAUGAAGAUAGGGGAGUUUUUGAACUAAGAUUUUCGCAUGUCAAAUUCUAUGUUUGCGUUUUAGAGUGUUUAAAGAUGUUAAAACAUAGUUCAGGGAUGUAUCUUUUCUGCUUCAAGAAUAUUUGGAGAAACUAUGCCUAAUACAUAUUAAACUGAUAUAUUAUAGAGAAAGAUCUCUCAGUAUUAAACAAGUCGUGAAUUUUGCAUUCACGCUCUUAGAUUAUUGUUCAAAUAUGUUCCUUGAUUAAACUCAUUUCUUUUUUUAUA